GAACAGUGCUACAGGGCGGCUCCUCAGCAGAGCUUAAUAUCUCUGUUUUCAGAUCACCGCCAGCUUCCUGCUGCUGCUGUCACAUGACUCCGCUGCUGUAGGAGGAAGCAGCAGCGAUCAACACGUCCACGAUCUGAGGACAGAUCAAGUUUUGGACAACAGAGACAGUAGACUGAGAUGCUGGGAGCAGAAAACACGCAUCUUUUUCUUUGCAGCAUAAUGCAUGUGGAGUGGUCAGAGUGAAUAGCACACCACAGUGAAGCAGGACAGGGGCGUGUCCGUGGACCAGAUGAAGUGCCUGCUCAUAGCCAGCGAGACCGCAGAUAUCCUCUUCCACUGGACCGACCCCGAAUUUCAGCAGAAAGUCCAAGAGCAGUAUGGGGCGUCUCGAGAGGAGGGCCAGGGGCUUCCAGCCUUUGAGGACAGCAUCAACACUCUGUUUGCGCCCAUCAUUAUCUCCUGCAUCACCAUGGUGGACAGGCUGGGUGACAGCUACACCUCCUUCACUACAGAAAACAACCAUAUCUACGUCCUGCACCAGUUCGAUGAGUGUCUCUACAUUGCUGUGAAUGGAGACGGUGAGGAGGGAGAGGGUGAUCUGAGGAGGAAGAUUUAUGUCGUGAAGAAGAUGAUUGAAGUCAUGUUUGGCAUGGUCACCCUCAGCAGUAACCUCCUGAAGAAAGAGCUGCGGCCUCAGGACACGGAGCAGAGAGCGAGGCUGUGGAUGCAUCUCCAGAGCCUGCUGGAGACCUACAGCCGCCUCCGAGAGAACGACCAGAGCUUCUUAGUGGAGGCGGUGGAGAGACUCAUCCACCCCACGCUGUGUGAGCAGUGUAUCGAGUUCCUGGAGCGCCGUUUGGUUCAGCAGCUCAACAGCAGCGUAGAGAGAGCAGGAGAGGAGGUGCUGCACGCCUUCAUCCUGGUUCACACCAAACUGCUCGCCUUCUACUCCAUCCGCAGUGCGAGCACGCUCCCCACCUCAGACCUCCUUGCCCUCAUCAUCAUGGCACAGAAUAUGUAUCCUAGCAACGUGGAGCUGGAUGAUCAAAAUCCAGAGGACGUUGAGAGCACCUCCGGUUCUGGUCCUGAAAGUUUUUAUACUCCGGAGCCUUCGCCGACAGACAGGGACUCCUGCAGCUCAGACAGGCCAGUGAGAGGAAGCACUCCUGUGUUUGAGUUUGUGGACCCAGACGAGAUGGCAGAGGACAGUUUACAUACUCUGGAAGUUCCUCCACCCGACCCUUCGACCCCACGCAGAGUCUUCUUAGAGGUCUCCCUCAAAGAUGGGCUGUAUCCCAUGAUGCCUCACUCCAUGUACUGUUUGCCACUGUGGCCUGGCAUAACACUUGUUAUGCUAACGAAGAUUCCUACCAGUGCAGUGGCCAUGUCAGUAUAUACGUUUUUGGAGGCCUUCGCCAAACUGGAAAAGCGUUUAAAUGAAGGCCAAGAAGGUUCUGCUGCUACUAGAGGCCAGCCGACCAUACACGACAUCCGCAGCAAACUGGAUAAAUUCAUUAAAGCCCUGGGGCAGAGUGAGAUUCAAUCUGGACAGUUACAACAUGCCUGGACAGAGUUCAAGAACCGAGCCUUUGCCAGAGGAGGACCAGGGUUUAACAGAGAGCUCAUUUCCUGCUGUAAGAACAUGAAGACCCAGCUGUGUGGAGUAUACCGACAGUGUUUCCUCAUUGAAUCUGGACCAGCAGACAACCCUCGCCGCCUCUCCCCCGGCCUGCAGGAACGAGCUCAGAGCAUGGUAAGAGAGAAACUGAUGGACUGGAAGGACUUCCUGUUGGUGAAAAGCAAGCGGAAUAUCACCAUGGUUUCUUACCUGGAGGAUUUCCCGGGACUCAUCCAUUUUAUUUGCGUGGACCGAUCCACUGGCCAAAUGAUUGCGCCGUCGCUCAACGUCACUGAACGCAACACGUCUGAGCUGGGGAAGGGGCCAGUGGCUCAGUUCAUGAAAAGCAAGGUGUGGAACCUCGUCAGCACAACACGGCGAUAUCUCCAGAAGGGUUACUCCACAGUCACGCUGCGGGACGGAGACUUCUACUUCUGCUACUUCCUCUGGUUUGAAAAUGAAACGGGCUUCAAGUUAGAGGCAGGGGACAUACCCACCCUCCCUGAUGACUCUGCCCCCAUCGGGAUGCUUGCCUGGGACUACUACAGGAAGCUGCUGCGAUAUUACAGCAAGAAUCACCAGGGCGAGGUGGUGAAGUGUUACGAGCUGCUGACAGUUCACCUGGGGGUCAUCCCCACUGAGAUCAUCCUCCAGCACUGCAGACAGCUGGCGAGCAAACUGUGGGAGCCUUCGCGCAACCCUCUGCUGUAGACACACCCACACAUUUGAACUGAAUCACAGUAGCCAAGGUACUCACUUGUCGUACUGCCAAGGACAGAAAAAGACCUCUCACUCUCGAUAAACCUAUUCUGUGUUUCAUGUUUCCACCAUUUCACUGAAUAUAAGAUUAUAUAUGCUAUAAGUUUAUUACAGGCACUUAUGUUUAUGAUUUGCACAGUCAAACACAUUGUGCACCGUUAUGUGUCUUACAUGAAGCAUAGUGAGAAUAUCUCUCCUUAAUUUUUGUAAUAUAUUUUUGACAGGCUUUCUAUUUAUUAGUAAUUUUUGACAUGUUUUUGUGUUGUUUUUGCUUUUAAAAAGUUGCAGUUUUAUGAAUAUAGAUACCGACCAAUGUUGCCUUUACUACUGCAAGUGUCUAUCAAACAUGCAACAGCAAUUACUGUAUAUUUCCCUUAAUAUAGAUUAUUUUUCUGGAAAAAAUAAAUAUCGCAAUUCUCA